GCGGGCAUUGAUGCACCCCCAGGAAGCCCACGCACUCGAGGAGGCCGCCCCCCGCUGGCUGCUGCUCACAUGGUUUCUGGGCCCCUGGCACUCCGGUGGUGCGCGUGGGCCGGGCGUGGGGACAUGGGGCCGGACAUGGAGCUGCCCAGCCACUCGAAGCAACUCCUGCUGCAGCUGAACCAGCAGAGGACCAAGGGCUUCCUGUGUGAUGUGAUCAUCAUGGUGGAGAACUCCAUCUUCCGGGCCCACAAGAACGUGCUGGCCGCCAGCAGCAUCUACUUCAAGUCCCUGGUCCUGCACGACAACCUCAUCAACCUGGACACCGACAUGGUCAGCUCCACGGUGUUCCAGCAGAUCCUGGACUUCAUCUACACGGGCAAGCUGCUGCCCAGCGACCAGCCAGCCGAGCCCAACUUCAACACCCUCCUCACCGCCGCCAGCUACCUCCAGCUGCCCGAGUUGGCAGCCCUUUGUCGCCGCAAGCUCAAGCGAGCCGGCAAGCCCUUCGGCGCGGGCCGGGUGGGGGCCGCGGGCGUGGGCCGGCCCCCCCGCAGCCAGCGGCUGUCCACAGCCUCAGUCAUCCAGGCCCGGUAUCCGGGGCUCGUGGACGGGCGCAAGGGGCCCCACAUCCCCCAGGAGCUGCCCCAGGCCAAAGGCUCAGACGAAGAGGAGCUCUUCCUGGCCGGCUCAGCCCAGGAGGGCGUCCACGGCCUGGGCGGCGCCGUCUGUCCAGUGAGCGGCGAGGUUGGCCUGGGUGGCUGUGGCGGCAGCACCAAUGGGAGCAGCGGGGGCUGCGAGCAGGAGCUGGGCCUGGACCUGUCCAAGAAGAGCCCGCCCCUGCCCCCUGCCACGCCCGGCCCCCACCUCACCCCCGAUGACCCUGCGCAGCUGAGUGACAGCCAGCAUGGCUCGCCCCCCUCUGCCUCCGCCCCACCCGUUGCCAACAGUGCCUCUUACUCCGAGCUGGGCGGCACCCCUGAUGAGCCCAUGGAUCUGGAGGGGACCGAGGACAACCACCUGGGCCUGCUGGAGGGGCCCAGCGGGCAGCCCCGCAAGAGCCUCCGGCACUCGGCCCGCAAGAAGGAGUGGAGCAAGAAGGAGCCCGUGGCCGGCUCCCCUUUCGAGCGGAGAGAGGCAGGGCCCAAGGGCCCCGGCCCCGGGGAGGAGAGCGAGGGGCUCGGGGACAGGGUUCCCAAUGGCGUCCUGGCCAGCGGCGUUGGCGGGGGCAGCCAGGGUGGGCCUUAUGGGGAGCCCCCGUACCCCUGCAAGGAGGAGGAGGAGAACGGCAAGGAUGGGAGUGAUGACAGCGGGCAGAGCGGGAGCGAGGGGGGCGGGGCCCACGCCAGCGGCGCGCAUUAUGUGUACCGGCCGGAGGGCUACGACAGCGUGCCCUACGGGGACAACCUGUACGUGUGCAUCCCCUGCGCCAAGGGCUUCCCCAGCUCGGAGCAGCUCAACGCGCACGUGGAGACGCACACGGAGGAGGAGCUGUUCAUCAAGGAGGAGGGGGCCUACGAGACGGGCAGCGGGGGCGCCGAAGAGGAGGCUGAGGACCUGUCGGCGCCCAGCGCGUCCUACGCGGCCGAGCCCCGGCCCUUCAAGUGCUCGGUCUGCGAGAAGACCUACAAGGACCCGGCCACCCUGCGGCAGCACGAGAAGACCCACUGGCUCACGCGGCCCUUCCCCUGCAACAUCUGCGGCAAGAUGUUCACGCAGCGCGGCACCAUGACGCGCCACAUGCGGAGCCACCUGGGCCUGAAGCCCUUCGCCUGCGACGAGUGCGGCAUGCGCUUCACGCGCCAGUACCGCCUCACGGAGCACAUGCGCGUGCACUCCGGCGAGAAGCCCUACGAGUGCCAGCUGUGCGGGGGCAAGUUCACGCAGCAGCGCAACCUCAUCAGCCACCUGCGCAUGCACACCUCCCCGUCCUAGAAGCCAAAGACCCGCGGGCGCCCUCUGUGGCUGGAGAAGCGAGCAGGCGGCGGCGGAGCGGGAGGGGGCUCCCGGCGGCCCCGGCCCGCCCCGGCCCGCCUCCACACACCCAGAGAGAGCUUUAAUCGACAGUCUGUACCAAGGGAAGCCGAGAAGAGAAAAGCCGCCGGCGGCCCUAGCCGGGCAUGGUGCUGGUGUCCAGUCUACCUCCCCCCCCAGCCCGGGCUGCCAGCUGCCCCUCCGGGGAGUGGCUCACGUGGGUGUUGCCUGGGGGAACCUGGUCCCUUUGCUGCCGGCCAGGUGCGUGAGUCCUGCUCUGUGCUAGCAGAGGCCAGGGGUGCUGUGUGCCCGGCAGGGGCCGUGUCUGUGUGCGUGCACGUGUGCUUGUGUUUCUGUGCGGGGCGUGCG